AUGACCAACACCCUGGGAUCUUUGGCCGAGUUCUGCCCAGGCUCUGGCAAUAUCGAAGUCUACCUGGAAAGGUUCGACCUGUAUGCAACCGCCAAUGGAAUAGACUCAAGUAAGAAGUUGCAAGUCUUCUUAACAAUCCUGGGUGAAAAGGCUUACGUGACUCUGCGUAGCCUGCUGCUGCCGAAGAAACCAACGGAAGUCAAGUACGAAGAAGCUACAGAAGCUCUCCGAAAGCACUAUGCUCCAAAACGGUCAGUGGUUACGGAACGGUAUCGCUUCUACCAGCGAAAGCAAGAGCCGGACGAAAGCCUAAAACAGUUCAUCGUCGAGCUGAAAAGACUGGCUGCAAAGUGCUCGUUUGGAAGCUUUUUGGAAGAAGCGCUCCGGGAUCGACUGAUUGCUGGACUCAGGACGGAUUCGAUUCGAUGCCGUCUCCUUGCCUUGUCAGACGACGAAGUCACCUGGGAGCGAGUAUGCGAAAUUGCCACCGCCUUGGAAACGGCCCAGAAAGACACCCGAGAAAUGCUACCGGAGGGGUCAACCGCCAGUCCUGCCGACGUUUACUGGUAUCGGGAGCCCACCACGCAAGUAAAGGUAAACGGCAAGAAGAGUCCGAUGGAACUAGACACGGGAGCAGCUGUGACCAUAAUGUCUGAAAGAGACUUUGAUGAAAAUUUUCCAAAUUACCCAUGUUCCAAAGACGACGUGCGUCUAGGAGUGUAUAAUGGCACUGCACUCAAAGUGAAAGGCGUAGCAAAGGUUAAUGUGUCUUAUCAGAACCGAAGCCACGAUCUGCCUCUGAUAGUCGCAAAGCAAGAAAAUGAAGCCCGCAUGCCGACGCUUUUAGGUCGAGAUUGGAUGACUACACUAAAAGUUGACCUGCAAAAUGCUGUUCAGCAGUUGCAAUGUGACGUGGAUAACAUACAGGAGGGCAGGCAGAUGGUAGCAGCGGAAGCUGAAAAGAAGUUGAAACAGUUGUACGGUGAUGUGUAUGAGCCAGGCUAUGGUUCUAUCAAAGGAUUCACUGGUAGUAUACGAAUGAAAACCGAUGUGCAUCCAACUUUUUGUAAGGCGAGACCAGUACCAUAUGCCUUUCGCGAACAAGUGGAGAAUGAAUUGCAUGACCUUGAGAAAGCUGGUGUGGUGUACAGAGUCAGGCACAGUGAUUGGGCUACACCGCUAGUUAUCGUGCCAAAGAAAACGGGAAAAGAAAUUAGGAUAUGUGGGGAUUACAGAGUCACGGUCAAUCGGGAUAUUGAACUUGACCACUAUCCACUGCCUCUGCCAGAAGACAUAUUCGCGUCACUGGUUGGAGGGACCAUGUUCACCUUACUAGAUUUGUCGAAGGCUUACCUGCAGCUUGAGCUGGAUGAGCAGGCACAGCAACUGCUCACGGUGAAUACGCACAUGGGACUUUUCAGGUUCCGGCGAUUGCCGUACGGAGUGGCAAGCGCACCCGCAAUGUUUCAGGCCGUGAUGGACCAGGUUUUACAAAACAUACCUGGGACAGCCUGUUACCUGGACGAUGUGUUAAUAGCAG